AUGGCGGCAACGGCAACGGCGCGCCGCUUCCACGAUUCCUCCAGCUCCAGUGACCCCGCUGCCGCCGCCACCUCCCCGCCGCUGCCGGCCCCGCUCCCCGACCUCGGCGUGGCCCUCUCCGCCGCCGACCUCCGCGCCACCGCCUACGAGCUGCUCGUGGCUGCCUCCCGGGCCACCGGCGCUAGGCCCCUCACCUACAUUCCUCAGCCCGCGACGGCGGCGUCUGGCAAGCUCAAGGGCACCUUCGGCCUCGGGUCCUCGCCGCCGUCCAAGGUCGGGAGGGCGGCGGUGCUGGAGCUGGUGCGGGUGCGGAUGGGGGUCACGGAGCAGGCCGACGCCAGGAUCCGCCGGGUGCUGCUCCGCGUCGCCGCCGGGCAGCUUGGCACACCUGCAAAAUCUAUGGUUUUGCCCUUAGAGUUCCUGCAGAAGUGUAAAGCAUCAGAUUUCCCUGACCCUCUAGAGUACGAGGCUUGGCAGACUAGGAAUUUCAAGCUUCUCGAGGCUGGUGUGCUGGUUCACCCACUUAUUCCUUUAAAGAAAUCAGACAUUUCUGCGAAGAGAAUGCGGCGAAUAAUACAUGAAGCAUAUGCUGGGAAAGUUGAAACUGGGAGGAAUUCAGAAUCCAUGCAAAGACUGCACAGCGCUGUCAUGUCCCUUGCGUGUAGAUCCCUUUGUGAAACUUCCGAUGAGUGUCAUUGGGCAGAUGGUUUCCCCUUUAAUCUCCAUAUCUACAAAAUGUUGAUAGAAGCUUGCUUUGAUGUUGAGGAAGGCACUGUAGUAGAUGAGAUUGAUGAAAUUAUGGAGCUGUUGAAGAAGACUUGGCCUGUUUUUGGAAUCACUCAAAUGCUCCACAACAUUUACUUUACCUGGGCAUUGUUCAACCAUUUUGUCAUGUUGGGUCAAGCAGAUAAUGGGUUGCUUUCUGCUAUGGAGAAUCUAUUAGUUGAAGUUGCAGAAGAUGCUAAAAUAACAAAAGAUCCAGAUUAUUGUGAUGUAUUGAGCUCCACUUUAAGCUCAAUAAUGGGAUGGGAAGAGAAAAGACUGCUUGCAUACCAUGAAACUUUCAAUACUAGUAAUAUUUAUUCCAUGCAAUAUAUUGUUUCAAUAGGAAUCUCUGCUGCAAAGAUUCUUCUUGAAGAUGUAUCUUAUGAAUACCAUAGUGGAACAAACAGAGAUAUUGAUGUGGUGCGCAGCAGGAUUGAAACAUAUAUAAAAUCAUCACUCCGCAAAGCAUUUGCUCAAAAAAUGGAAGAGGCAGAUUCAAAUCGGUCAUCCAUAAACUGUACACCUGUUCUGUCAAUUCUUGCAAAGGAAACAACUGAGCUCGCUAUUAAGGAGAAAAAUGUAUACAGUCCAAUACUGAAGAAAUGGCACCCCUUUGCUGCAGGUGUUGCUGUUGCAACCCUUCAUGGUUGCUUUGGAAAUGAGCUGAAAAAAUUUAUAGUUGGGCUUACAGAGCUCACACCAGAUACAGCUCAAGUGCUUAAGGCGGCUGACAAGUUAGAAAAGGAUCUAGUUCAUAUUGCUCUUGAAGAUUCUAUGGACGGUGAUGAUAGAGGCAAGUCAUUGGUAAGACAAAUGCCACCUUAUGAAACUGGAACUGUAAUGGCUAAUCUGGUGAAAGCAUGGGGAAGAGAACAACUAGACAAGCUUAAGAUUUGGGCUGACCAGAACCUACAACAAGAGACUUGGAACCCAAAGGAUAAUAACAGGGACAGUUUUGCUCCCUCUUCUGUGGAGAUGCUGCACAUAAUUGAGGAAACUUUGGAUGCAUUUUUCCAUUUGUCGAUACCAAUCCACGCUACUCUGUUUGCUGAUCUGACAGCUGGACUCGAUAAAUGUCUACAUUAUUAUGUCUCUAAAGUGAAAACAGGCUGUGGAACUCGGAGUACUCUUUUUCCUCAGCUACCUCAUCUGACAAGGUGUGACGUUGGUUCCAAGUUAUUCAAGAAAAACGAAAAACCACAGUUUCUUAUGAAGCGAGGAUCACAAGUUGGAUCAACAACGAGCCUUCAUGGACUAUGUUUACGAAUAAAUACCAUUUACUACAUCCAAACUGAGCUAGAAAACCUGCAUAUGAAGAUGAAAGAAUGCCUGCAGAAUGUUGAGUUGGCUCAGCCUGAUAUUGCUGAUGGUCUGAACAUAAACUUUGGGCUAUCCCAGGCAGCUUGCCAAGAAGGAAUUCGACAGCUGUGUGAGACAACUGCAUAUAUGGUGAUGUUCAAUGAUCUGAGUCACGUUCUCCUGGAUACUCUCUAUGUUGGGGGCCCUGCAUCAAACAGGAUACUGCCUUUGUUAAAAGAGCUUGGUCCUAUCCUUAGGAUUAUAUCUGCCACAGUGCACAAUAAAGUGCAAAAUCGUCUCAUAACUGCACUGAUGAAAGCCUCUUUUGAUGGCUUUUUGUUGGUGCUUCUUGCUGGUGGACCAAUGCGUGCCUUCAGCUGUCAGGACUAUCAGGCAAUAGAGGACGAUUUCCGAGCCCUAAGAGGCUUAUAUUUAUCGUAUUGUGAUGGGCUACCUGAGGAAUUAGUUGGCAAGGCUUCCUCAGAAGUGAAGAACAUUCUGCCACUCCUACGGACAGACACCGAUACCCUCAUUGAACGGUUCAAGCAGCUAAUUUCUGAAUCUUAUGAACCUACAGCCAAUUCUAGGUUCCCGAUGCCUCCUGUACCUGCUCGUUGGAGUCCAGAUAACCCCAACACAAUAUUGCGUGUAUUAUGCUAUCGAAAUGAUGAGACAGCUACAAAGUUUCUCAAGAAAACAUAUGAUCUGCCAAAGACGCUUUGA